AUUAGUUCUAAACACCCAGUGGCCAUAAGCCGUCACCCGCGACCACCGGCAGCCAUCUGUCACCUCAUUUCACCACCGGUUCUUGCUAACAAUCGCUUCCUGAGGUGGUCUUGCCUAGCUCCCGGUUGGGGCCUUUACAUCAGAUGCUCGGAUAUGUUCUCAAUUCUGUCGCCCUUGCCUCCGCUCUAGACUACUGCUGAAUUUCUGACAUUUCGAUCUACAAUCACUCAUCAGCGAAAAUGAGAAGUAGGCUGGCACAUAGGCACCAACUGAAGCAAUCAGGAGUUAAGGGCAUGUUCGGUAGGCUAUCAGUUGCCAUAAUUAUACUGGUCAUCUGUACUGUUUCACUUUUGUCCACUAUAAAGAGCACCAGCGGUCCAUUGCCUCAAUCUCAGAUUGACGUGGAUACACUCUGGGACACAGCUCCUUCUGGUGGGUGGAGACCGUCAUCUGAUCCAAGAUCUGAAUGGCCCCCUCCUCCAACAAAAACCAAUGGCUACUUGAGAGUUCGUUGUAAUGGUGGCCUUAAUCAGCAAAGAAGUGCGUCUGUUGCUGCCACUCUAGUAGUUGCCGGGGUGAACCUUUAAUCUGCUAAUGUACUACUAUCAUAUGCCGCCGCUGGAGACCUUCCUAUUGCUCAUUGUUGCUACCUACUAAUGCCAAGAUCUGUAAUGCUGUUCUGGCUGCUAGAAUCAUGAAUGCUACACUUGUGCUACCUGAACUCGAUGCAAACUCUUUCUGGCAUGAUGAUAGUGGCUUCCAUGGUGUAUAUGAUGUGGAGCAUUUCAUCAAGUCACUGAGAUAUGAUGUAAACAUUGUGGAAAGCAUUCCAGAGAUCCAUAAAAAUGGGAAGCCCAAGAAGAUAAAACCUUUUCAGAUACGGCCCCCAAGAGAUGCUCCUGUAAGUUGGUACACAACAGAAGCCUUAAAGAAGAUGAAAGAACAUGGUGCUAUUUAUCUUACUCCUUUCUCUCAUCGCCUGGCUGAAGAGAUAGACAACCCUGAGUACCAGCGGCUAAGGUGUAGAGUGAACUAUCAUGCCUUGAGAUUUAAGCCUCACAUCAUGGAGUUGAGUGAUGCAAUCGUGAAAAGGCUUCGAGCACAAGGUCACUUUAUGGCCAUACAUCUUCGUUUUGAGAUGGAUAUGCUGGCAUUUGCUGGCUGCUUUGAUAUAUUUACUCCAGCGGAACAAAAAAUUUUGAAGAAAUACCGCGAAGAAAAUUUUGCACCAAAGAAACUCGUAUAUGAUGAGAGAAGGGCAAUUGGAAAAUGCCCUCUAACUCCUGAAGAGGUGGGUCUUAUCUUGAGAGCAAUGGGUUUCGACAACUCUACCAGAAUAUACCUUGCGGCCGGCGAACUAUUCGGCGGAGACCGAUUUAUGAAGCCUUUCCGCGCACUGUUCCCACGCCUCGAAAACCAUAAUACUGUAGACUCGACUGGCGAGCUCGCCAAGAACACCAAUGGCCUUGUGGGCUCGGCAGUCGACUAUAUGGUUUGUCUGCUUGCCGACAUUUUCAUGCCGACAUAUGAUGGGCCCAGCAAUUUCGCGAAUAAUCUUCUCGGCCACCGACUCUACUAUGGUUUCCGAACGAACAUACGGCCGGACAGAAAAGCCCUUGCGCCUGUCUUUAUCGAACGCGAGAAGGGGCGUACAGCUGGCUUCGAAGACGCUGUGAGGCGCGUGAUGCAGAAGACGAAUUUCGGUGGGCCCCACAAGAGGGUCUCGCCCGAGUCGUUCUAUACGAAUUCUUGGCCAGAAUGCUUUUGCCAGAUGUCGGCCGCCAAUCCAGCUGAUGAAUGCCCGGAUAAAGUUGUUGAGAUCUUGGAGAGUCAGUUGAUGGCACAGAGAGUUGAUAAUUCAAAUGUCGAAUUUGGCGUAAUGGGCAGUAACUCUUUGCCAUUGCCAUCCAGACACCGGCUGCGAAGCUACUGUUACGAAGAGAAGGGAUUAGCUGCUACGAGUCUGACUGACCGAACCGAAGUGAGGGAAUUAGCUGUUAGUCAACAAGAUCAACCGACACUGUAUUUCUUUUAUGAGGAAAGCAAACCAGUAAGCAUUCGGGACCUUCUGCCGCGUCAAUGGCAGCUUUUAUCUUGGUUUGUGGAAAAGCUUCCACACAGUACUGAAGCUUGA